AUGUCGUGCCAUACGAGUGGCAGUGUGGCAAGUGGUGUACGCUGUCUCCGCUAUCCAGGUGGUGCUGCUCGCUAUGAGGGCAAAUGGUUGAACAAUCAGCAUCAUGGCUUCGGUGUUAAGGCCAACAAACAUGGCUUAAUCUAUGAGGGACAGUGGUCAAAGGGACAACGGCAUGGCUAUGGCACACUGCGGCGGCAACGCAAGUCCUCCCAAAUCUGUGAACGCAUCUAUGUGGGCCAAUGGCAUAGCGAUAAACGCUGCGGCGAGGGUAAACAAUUCUAUGACGAUGGCUCCAUCUAUUUUGGCCAAUGGCAUUUGAAUCAACGGCAUGGCCGUGGCAUACAAUGGUAUUCAGAUGGACGCAUCUAUAUAGGUGAAUGGCAACAGGAUGCCAUGCAUGGCAAGGGAGUGCUUUUUUCGGCAAUUGGACAACAUUUUGCAUAGAGAAGCAUAAUGAGAUUCGACAUACGGGUUGAAUUAUAUUAUCAGUAGUCUGGAAAUAAUAUUCCAAACAUAAAAUCUUAUCAUGUCUGAUAACUCACUAAACAAUAUCGACAGGGGCUCACUUGGUUUUUCUCAUUAUGUUUAACGUGAUAACAUGAUCUAAUUGGACUAACGUGUUUACUAGCAGCUGACUGAAAUUCACUACUUAAUAGAGUAUACAGAAUUUGAAUAACUGACACGGAAAGCUAUCCGAGUGUUACAUUUAAAUUUGAAUAAAUCUUGAAACAAUUGUACAGAUA